UAUACAUUUUUUUUAAAAUCGUACACCUAAAAUGCCUGUCCCUUCCAGUGAACACACUAACCAGCAUUAUGCUAGUUUUGCAACCACAUCUCGUCUCGUUGCUUGUUUAACCAGUGAAUCUUUGGUCCCUGCUUACUUUGUUCCCUCCACAGAAGGUGUCAUUCUCGGCCUUUGUUUAUUGCUUAGACCUAAUUCUGUCAAAGAAGGUGAUAUUCCAACCACCGUCACUCUCGAUGACGUAUUAGCCGUGGUUCCCCUUCGUGGUUUGCCCAUCAUUGACAACACACAAAUGGCUCGCUUUAACGGUAUUGCCUGCCCUCGUAUUGAUUUGGUUGACGGUCUUGAUAUGUUGCCCCAUAUUUACUCUAUCGAUAUCGAAGCUAAGCCCUCUUCCAACUCCGUUACCGAACACACCAAGAAAACUUUGACCACAGUUCUCCAAACCCAAUCCAAGUUUGAAUUGGUCGAUAGCUAUGAUGCUGUGCAAAUGUGGGAUCGUCUUGCCACUGACUUGAAUGUUAAUGGUAAGCUCAAGGAACAAAUCGGUCAAGAGCUUGGUUCUUCAAUCCUUUUCCAAAAGUACACUUAUGAUAACCCAAAGGAGUUACCUGGUUUGCAAUCCGGUACAAUUGCUUGGGAACAAUCCGUUGUUGAAGGUCAUGCUACACAUCCCAUGCAUAAAGCACGUAAAAGUUUCCCUCCUAUGCCUGCACUUUAUCCUGGAUCGUACGAUUUAGAUCAUCCCCGUGUCCGUCUUGUUGGUAUUCCUCGAGGCUCUGCUACAGUUCGUGGUGAAUAUGAAGAGUUAUCUAAGGGUUUGAUUGAUGCACUUUUAGCUGCUGGCGGUGGUAAUGUGCAAGAGUUGCGUAACAAGUACAAUAACCAUGUCUUUAUCGCCAUCCACGAACUCCAACUACCCAAUGUGGAACAAAAGUUUGACGAUUUGGUUAUUUUCCCUGCUCAACACUGCGUGCCUGUUGAAGCACUUGCCUCUCUUCGUUCCGUAGCUAGACCUGAUAUCUUGCCUGGUUUAAGUGUUAAGUUGUGUUUGGGCGUCAAAAUCUCUUCUGCCCUUCGUACUGUCACCCCUUUUACCACUUACUUUGGUCCUGGAUUUUCGUACGACGUUGUACCUAAAUUAACCUAUGAUCAUGAUAUCCUUGUCGUGGAACGUGAACUGGGUACAGUCUCUUAUGCAAUUGAAGAUUCCGAUAUUUCUAAACAUUGUAGCAGUGUUGUACGUGAAGCCAUCGAAUAUAGCCCCGAGUACAAGGAUGAUUUGUUUAUCCCUUGUGGUGCGCUUGUUGAAAAGAUUCAAAGACCUGACACCGAUCAAACUAAUUUAUUGAAUGUGUGGGAUUUGGAUACAGAAGAAAAGAGAGUCAACUUCUUAACAAGAUAUGUCGACUUAUCUCUUCGUUCUUUCUUACCUCCCUGUCUUGAGAACGGUGUUGCUUUCGAAGCACAUGGUCAAAACACAUUAGCAAGAUUCGACCGUAAGACCGGAGAAUUAAAGGGUUUCGUGAUCCGUGAUUUUGGUGGUGUCAAGGUCCAUCGCCCUACACUUUUAAAAUCCACCGGAUGUGAAUUAGAUAUCAUGCCUGAUAGUUGUGUUGUUGCCGAUACAUUGGAUGAGGUUGCCAAGCUCUUGUACCAUACUCUUUUCCAUUGCCAAUAUCAACGUUUAAUCCGUGUCUUGGGUCUUCAUUAUAACGGUGUCGGUUGGGAGAUUGUUCGUAACCGUAUGUCCGAGUUGAUCCCCAAGGAUCAUGUCAUGUGGCCCAUGUUCAUGGCCCACGAUAAGGUGCCUGGCAAAUGUCUUGUGCGUAUGAAGAUCGAUGAGCUUUACCGUGAUUAUAUCUACCGCCCUGUCCCAAACAUGAUUAACUUCAAGCCUCAACAGGUUGGCAUCUAAAAUCAUCUUUGUUUUUUACCCCUAGAUAUAAUUUUUCUUUCUUAUUACAUUCACAUGUAUAACAUUCUUGUACAAAUCUAUACUAUAUUUUUCAACUAUAUUUUUCCCCACCUCUUCAAGCAAACAAAACAUAACUUAAUAAAACUCUUAAAAAUCGCAUCAAU